AUGCUCGACGGCCGCUCACUUGACGUCAUUGCCAAGUUCAAGCUGGCCCUUCUCACGCGGGCCGAAAAACCCGCUGCCCGGACCGAGCUUCCCGAGUCAAAUCGUGGCCAAAAACUCCACAACACAAACUCGGGCUCCACUGCGCUCACGUCCAAAAUCGUCGACUACGGCGGCAAUACCCACCUCGUUCUCACCAAUGACGUCAUCGAGAGAACCAAUUUCAGGAACAAACGCCGCUGGCUGGACUACUACAAUGCUAAAAACGGAAACGAUGUGUCUCUGGAAGACGAUAUGGACAGUUCGGAUGAGCGGAACGUUUCUGACGAGCAAGACGAUGCUGAUGCGGACGAGAAUCCGUUGAAAAAAUUACGAUUGUCGGAGAUUUUGGCUCCGUUGGCCCAUCCCAGUGAAGUGGCUACCCAUCCUGCCAUUUCGAAAACCUACAAGCUGCCGUGUUUGGCAACCUUGGCGCUGGAUCUCAUUCAUUCCAUUGAGAUCGAGCAGAAGACGCUCAAUCAAUUCAACAAGUUGUUGCAGGUGUUGGAUGGAGAGGACUGGUUCUACCAAGUAGAGGAUAAUAUGGAUCUUCCGGUGUAUGAUCACGGUUUAGACGAAUCUCUCAACUGCAAUGUAUCUGGAAUCUUCGAUGAGAAGGACGUGAGACUCAAUGGUCAGCAGGCUCCAGGUGUAAACGGUCAGAGUCAAAGCCAGGGCCAAAGUUCACACCAAAGUCAAGCGGCACUCCAAAACCAGAACCAAAAUCAAAACCAUGCAACUGGCCAGGGGUUGGGCGAAGAUCUCAACCAGAACCCUAACUCUGAUGCUCAAGUUCCCACCGAUGCAGCUGUCACUACUACUGUCCAGAACGGACAAGCAUCCGCACAAAACGGUACUGUAGCCACACAAGCCAAGACGGAGGACGAUUCUCUGACAUACAAGCGGAUCACACGUGGUGCCAUUGCAGAAGAGAAAAUUAGAAUCACAGACCCGUUCUUCGCGCUCCCCAAAUCCUUGGCCAUUUUCGAGCGCCAGCAACAGAAACAGUUGGAGGAAGAUGACGAGAAGGACGACGAUCCACUAGAAGUCUUGAAGCAAGACUUGCGCAAUUACUUGCAGGUCAGCAUCCAGCGACAACACGAAUGCAUCAAGAACCUCACCACCAUUCGUAAUGGCAUAGUCAAGGCAGACAAGUAUAAACGAGAUCUCUACAAAUGGGGCAAGGAAUUGAGUGAGAAGAAGUAG